ACCACCGCCUGGAAGGAUUCCGGGGCGGCAGGACAUUUUGCGCUGGCCUACAGUUUUCUGUCGGAUAUCCUUGCACAGCUGAAAAUUGCAGGCAUUUUUGUCCCCGGCCUGGCCUCAGGAGUUGCCGUGUGAAGGCAGGGACAGUGUCCAACAGCGGUGCCAGCAGCGAUUCAGAUGGAAAGUGGCAACAAAAAAAGUGACGAGUUUAAUCCUUGAGGAAAAAGGUUCCCCUCGAAUCGGUUAAAGCAUCCUCCGGUGGAACGAUGAAGAAGGCCACAGUUCGCUUAGUAACCGUGGCUUUUGUUGAAACGGUGUGGCCACGCGACGACAAAUUGAGAGUGGGUGUAGGGCGAUAAGUUCGGGCGAUAAUCCUUUCCGUGACCGACGGAGCUCCGUGUGUGCAAGUGCUUCUCACCGCCAGGAUCCACCAGCAACCCCGAGAUCGAUGACGGCGUUCAAAAACGGCCCUGGCGCAUCCGCAGAUCAGAAGACCAGAUUUUUUCUCGUCAUCAUGAGGCUCAACCUGAAGUUCCUGUUGAUAAGUUUGUGUGUGACGGUGGCGCUGAUAACCUUCGCGCUCUGGGCAAACUGUGGCGUUGGCCGGGGCCUGGUACCAAAGUGGCCAAUUCAGCACAAUGGCGAAGGAGGAGGUAAGUCCAUCGUCGACAUGCAAAUACACCGUAAAUUUUUAAUAUUGACCUUUAUUUGUCUGUCUCUUCCCUCCUCCGCAGCCAAUCCAUUCGAUCAGACGGAGGAAAUCGAUUGCAUUAUCAAUCAGGAGUAUGCGGUCGGUUGUCGCAAGGAGGGUGAGGAGGUGUAUCUACCGUUCUCCUUUCUGCAGAAGUACUUUGAUGUGUACGGUUCGUUGAAUGUAGUCGACGGUAGCCGACGGUUCGAUUGGACGCACAGCUACGGGAAGGUCAACUACCCGAAGGGUGCCUACGAUCCGCGUGGUAUCUUCAUGUACUUCGAGAACUACAACGUGGAGAUGCGCGACCGCGUCAAGUGUAUCAGUGCGCUCGAAGGAGUACCGAUUUCAACGCAAUGGGAAAGCCAAGGGUACUGCUACGCGACACAGAUCGCACAGUUCGGUUUAUCGCACUACAGCAAAAACCUAACCGAACCCGAACCCCGUCGGAAGGUGGUGGAGGAUGCGGAUCGUGAGCUGGCCCCUUGGAUUGUGCCGAAAAAUAGCACCAUGAAUCGUACGAUCGAUCAGACGGCGGCGGCACGAGGAUCCGGUGGGAUGAAUAUGGUGUUGAGCUUCUCUACUGGCAAGUCCUUUGAUACUGCGGUCGUUCUACCGAUGGACCACGUCCUAGAUCUGGUGCUGAGCGUUGAUGUGCUGCUCAAACCCAACUCAACACUCUGCGUAACGUUGCAGAACCGAGAAACGCAACGGUUGUACCACGUGUACUACAUACUGGCCGAUCUGUUGAUUGGAGUGCAGGAUGAGAACAUUUACUACGGGAUCGGGUUGAACAGCACCGGUGUGUGGAAGCGGCUGACGCGCGAUUUGUUUGUAGAUCUACAGAAAGGAUUACCGCAGUACGUCAAUACGGAUAAGCGGCGGAAGAUGCGCCGAACAGAGUUAAAGGUGGUCGAGGUGUCGCUGCUCGGUAAUGGUAGCAUCGAUAAUUUGACACUGUCGACAAGUGAGCACAUUGCGCACUUUUACGAUGCGGCCGAAUGGUUGAUACGGCAUCAAGAUCCGAGCAGCGGUGGAUGGCCGAUACCGGUGCGACGAAAAUUGGGUUCCGGUUUCGCGGAGCUAGCCCGUGGCUGGUACUCGGCAAUGGCACAAGGGCACGCCAUUUCAUUGCUCGCCCGUGCUUACUACCAUUCACGGGGUGAUCAACGGUAUCUAAGGGCAGCGCUCGAUGGUCUCAAGCUGUUCCGGAUACCAUCGUACCAGGGUGGUGUAUUGGCGACAUUUCUGGGAAAGUACGCCUGGUACGAGGAAUAUCCAACUACGCCGCAUUCUUUCGUGCUGAACGGAUUCAUCUACUCGCUGCUCGGUUUGUAUGAUCUGAAUUCGACCGCUCCGGCCAAUCAGUCCAACGAAGCCGCUAUGCUGUUCGAGCAAGGGAUGAUGAGCUUAAAGAAGAUGUUGCUACUGUACGACACGGGAUCUGGGACGAGCUACGAUCUGCGCCAUUUUACACUCGGCAUUGCACCAAAUCUAGCCCGUUGGGAUUACCAUGCAACGCACGUGAAUCAACUGCUACUGCUAGCGACCAUCGAUCCCGAUCCACUGAUUGUGCAGACAGCCGAACGGUGGAAGAACUACAUGGUAGGCAAGCGAGCUCAGCACAACUAACGGGGGCUGAGUGUGGUUGGUUGUUGUUGCAGACCGAUUGGAACUGGCUCCAUUCGUAGACCUUUAAAUCUCCUCCUCUUCCAACUUGUAUGCCUUACACACCAAACAUAAUGUCGAAAGAACCACAGUGAAUCUAGGAAAUCGGCGCCGGCACUUUAAGCGUCACAAAGAGAGCGAUUC